AUGGUCCUCUCAGUGUUUAUUUAUUACCAACUAGCAUUUUUCAAAUUUGGUGGAACUCGAAAUAUGAUAAAAAGCCGAUAUUUCUAUUCAUCGAAAGGACUGGAUCUGUUGGUGACGAAUUUGGAAGAACGAGUUAAAUUGGAUCUGAAAAAAUGCCGAGGAAUUAUCAAUGACGUCAGACGGAUGGAACUCCCAAGGCAAAAAGCAUUCACUGCUUUCCUUGGCAGCUCAUUGGAUUCACAAAGAAACAUUCCAGCCAUGUUUCGCAGUACUUGGAAGCAUGCCAAGCUAAUCACAAAAAAUUUGGACAAAUUCAAUAUUGAUAAGAGCAGUGUUGUUUGUAUAACUCGCGAUGGGGCGACUACGAUGAGCUCUUUAUGCUCAAAUCUGAACAUGAAAAGCAUUCACUGCUAUGCUCAUCUUCUACAGCUGGUAAACUUUUCUUACUAA